AUGGCCAACAAGGCAAAACUUGAGGCGCUCCUAACCCUGAUUAACACAUCUGCACGAGAUGCCAUCGCAUUGUAUGAGCAGUAUGGUGACGUACCCGCCAUCGACCAGAUGGAGCCCCAUCCAUUGGACAAUGCGGUCGACCAAGUAGCUUUGAAGAGCGCUGUCCGUAUCCUUGAAGGUGCUUGUGCUCAGAUAUGCACGACACUUGCUCCACCUGCCCACACUGCAAUUAACCUUGUCCAAGUGUAUGAUUAUGCUUGCGUGCGAGUAGCUGCUCGGGAAAACAUUACCGAUAUUCUGUUGGAGUACCCCAAGGGUAUUCACAUCAGCGAGCUCUCCAAAAAAAUCAACAUCGAACCGAAGAAACUGGCCAGGAUAAUGCGUCUCCUAGCCACAAGAGGUUGCUACAGUGAAGUUGACAUGGACGUUUUUGCCAACAACCGUCUAUCUCUGAUCCUGCGCGCCGACAACCCUGUCAAAUACAUGAUAAUGCUACACGUGGACGCUGUUGCUAAGGGAGCAUCGGUUUUCUAUGAGACGCUCAAAGACCCGAAGAUUGCGUACUCGUAUGAACCAACGAUUGCGCCUACAAUGUACGCCAUCAACAAAAAUGGCACUGAAGGAACGUUCUUCGACUGGAUGGCGCGUCAUGACGGUCAACGCGAGAACUAUCAUACCUCCAUGAGAGGUCUGAACGGCAUUAUGGGCUCCCUUGCUGUCCUGACUCAGUUCCCAUUCGAAAAGUUCUCAACCGUUGUUGAUGUUGGAGGAGGUAUCGGCGCAUUUUCGCUGCCAUUGGCUAAAAUGCACAAAAACGUAAAAAUCACAAUCCAUGAUCUUCCGGAAGCAUUGGUCCAGGCGAGAGACAUCUGGGCGAGAGAAUGCCCUGAAGCCUUGGCAGAAAAAAGAGUCGAGUUCGAGGAUUUGAACUUCUUCGAACAAGUGCCCGUGAAAGGCAAGGACAUCUACUAUCUCAGAAAUAUCAUCCACGACUGGCCUGACCACGAAUCCGCGCUCAUUCUUUCAAACCUUCGUAAGGCGCUCGGCCCAAACAGCCGCGUCCUCAUCCAUGACUAUGUGCUCCGCCAGCUCAGCCGCAAGCAGGCAGAAGUAGAGGCUUCACAGCUGGGAGUUGUCGUGGCUCCUGAACCUCUUCUUGCAAACUUUGGUGUUGGAAACAUGCGUUCGUACCAGCAAGACAUGACCAUGUUGCUCGUACACAACGCAAAGGAGCGAACAUUGCAAGACUGCCUCACACUCGCCACUGCCGCUGGUCUGAAACUGGAGAAGGUCUGGGACCUUGCUGAAGCAUGCGUUUUGGAGUAUUCUGCCGCAUAA